AUGGCCUGUUUCGACGUCGUUUGUACUCGUACUAGCGUUGACGCGUGGAAGAAGGUGUCCGUGGGAUUUCCUGAUGCAUGGCCAGCGUGGCAAGCAAUGGUAGAGCUUCGUUUUGAUGUUCUCCAAGUAGUCAUCACACACUACACUACACCACAGCUCGCUACAGCCUCAGCCUCGCGUAGCCCUACCAUUCCAUUCCAUACCAUACCUGUACCCGUACCCGUACCCGUACCCGUACCCACACCCACACCCACACCCGCAGCACCCAUCCAAACCGAGCCAAAGCCUGCGACGCGAGUUCAAAGGAAGAUAAGCGUGCGGUGCGAUGCGGUGCGAUGCGUCCCAUGCAUGCCAGUUGAUCUACCCCAAGCAAACCCCAAACCCGGGUUUCCACCGCAACCGGCCGAUCGAUCUGCUGCAGGAGUUUUGUCAAGCUGGCCCGUUUUGCUUCUCCUUGCACGCGCGCCCCGGCUACGGUUACCUAUCCGAUGCACGGGACGGGACGGUACAAAGAACGGCCAAGGACUAGGUACGUCCAACUGCCGUAGCCCACACACAGCUUACGAGGACAAAAACACGCCGCCGCUUUGCACGCAGACGAGAAAUCUCGGAGCCGUGGCACAGGACGCCGGGGUCAUGUGUCGCAGCACCGUGGAAGUGUCGAGUACGCACGCUGAGCGGGAGACGACUGCGAACCUUCAGACUGGACCGGUUGAAGCGGAAGAUGGACAUGCAACUGCGCCUGCACCUUUGAUUUCCGAAACAACAACAACAACAACAACAACAGAAGCAAUGCCCCCCCAACCAGGCCUCAUCCUCAUCCUCGCCGCCACACCCUCUCUCGGCAUCGGCAUGAACGGCGGUCUACCAUGGCCAAUGCUGCGCAAAGAAAUGGCGUAUUUUGCGCGUGUCACGCGGCGGGUUGGUGGCAGCAGCAGCAGCAGUAAUGCAGGCAGUACCACACAACCCCCCAUCAACGCCGUCAUAAUGGGUCGCAAGACGUGGGACAGUAUACCGACGACAUUCCGCCCGUUAAAGGACAGGCUCAAUCUCGUUGUGACGAGGGACGUGCCCGGUUUUACCCGCCGUCUCGCUGCGUCGUCUGCCUCACCUCGCUCUCGAGGCCAAAACGAAGGCCCCAUCUCCCAUCCAAGCCUCCACUCCGCCCUCGCCCACCUUUACACCCCCUCGGCCCCUUGCUCGCCCCCCACCCCCCUCAUCCACAAAACCUUCCUCAUCGGCGGCGCGUCUCUAUACACUGCCGCCCUCGCCCUGCCCUGUACCACACACAUCCUGCUGACCAAGAUCCACGCCGAGUUUGCGUGCGACACGUAUCUGAGCGAGGAUGUGGAGAAGAGUGCGUUGUGGCGGAGGGCGGGGAGGCGGGAGUUUGAGGAUUUUGUGGGCGAGGAGGUGGGUGAGGGCGAGGGCGAGGUGGUGGAGGAAGGGGGGGUCCGGUUUGAGUUUUGUUUGUUUGUUAGGCGGUAUACUGAGGUAAACAAGUCACCAAAAGAAAAGGAUAAAGAGUCCCAAACACCCAUCUUUGCCCCAAAACACGCCGAAGCGCUGUCUCUGCCCCAAGUGACCCCCAUCCCAAACCCAGACUCGACUCUAGACGCAAAAAAAGUCAUUAUGCCGUAG